AAGUGAGACACAGACGGGCGAAGGGAGUUGGAGUUUAGUUUCUUCUCAGAGAUUUCAGGAUCGCAUGUCACGGCUGAGGUGCUCUUCUGGAAGCUAAAUUAAGUUUCCUUCAGAGUAAAAUCGCCAUACAACAAAAACAACGGAUUUCUCAAAGAUGCUUGCCACUGCUGCCCUGACGUUACUUUUGCUAUGCGUCUCCCUCUCCGAAAGCAAAGAUAAAGACUUUUACACUUUUAAAGUUGUGAAUAUCCGAGGAAAGCUGGUGUCUCUGGAGAAAUACAGAGGAUCGGUGUCACUCGUGGUGAACGUUGCCAGUGAGUGCGGCUUCACUGAGGAGCAUUACAAAGAUCUUCAGCAGCUCCAGCGGGAUUUUGGACCUUACCACUUCAACGUCCUGGCUUUCCCAUGUAACCAGUUUGGUAAGCAGGAGCCUGGAAGUGACAGGGAAAUUGAGAUGUUUGCUCGGAGUACCUAUGCCGUCUCCUUUCCCAUGUUCAGUAAAAUUGCCGUGGUGGGCAGCGGAGCGAACAAUGCCUUCAAAUACCUUGUAGAUGCCUCUGGCAAGGAGCCGGACUGGAAUUUCUGGAAGUUCCUGGUGGAUCCCAACGGGAAGGUGGUGAACGCCUGGGGCCCAAAGGUCUCCGUGCAGCAGGUCCGGCCACACGUCACAGAUCUCGUACGGCAGGUGAUCCUAAAGAAGAAGGAUGAACUUUAAUGAAGGGCUGCGGCGUGGCCACACGCUUGCGUCUUCAUUCCCGCUCCUCUUGUUUUAUAAAGUUUGAAACGUUU